AUGACAAAGGUUGUAAUGGUGAGGUGCUACCUGCUCUGUUUAUUAACUCUUGCACUGUGUUGUGCUUGUGGGUUAGUAUGGGCUGAUAGUCCUAAAGCUUCUGAUGCCCUUAUUAAACCUUCUGUUGUUGGUGUUCCUUCUCUUGUUCAUCGUGCUAUUCCUGCGCUUCUUCUCACGACUAAGUGUGACGAAGAAGAGGAAGGGGAUGGUGAUGAGGUUGAUGUGGAAGCUGAAAAAAGGGAGGAUGAAAGGGAGAAGGAUGUUCUGGACAAUAGUGAUCCUGCUGCUGGUGGGGUGUCUUGCUCUUCCGAUACUGAUGGUAGAAAUUGUACCUCUGGUGGUCAAUCUUCUUCUCGUUCUAUCACUGGAGAGGCUGUUCAUGGUGGUAUUACUCCGCAAGGUGGCCAACCCCAACAACCACCUCAUUCUCCUGAACAUCCUCUGCAGGAACCUGAACAAGUUGUCCCUUGCACUACUAAUUCUUCUGUUUCUUGUCCUCUGCCUCAACAGACAGAAAAGCCUGUUCCAUCUGUACUGAAAGAACCUGAACCUAACGUUCCUCUUGGUUCUGUGGAGGCACGUCCUGUUGAGGACAAACCCGAUACUCCUGCUAUUGUUGAUGAUGCCUCAACCAGUAUUUCGAAGGAAGAACGUCAAGGUAAGAAUGGUGAUAAAGGUGAAGUUGAUGUUGCUGCUCCAGCACCUGAAGCUGAAGGUACAACUGGACGGGGGAGCAACAGUACCACAGAUAACCAGGGAACUGCGGGAAAACAACCUUCUCAUUCUUCUUCUGUCACUUCGGACACAGUAAAUACCAGUGGUUCUGAAGCCACUACGGCUGGGAGUGGCAUUACACCCAGUGAAUCAACAAAUACCCAAGAAGGCAAUGCGGGAAGUGCAGCCACCACCACCACCACCGCCACAACAACAACAACACUUCCUCCUGAACUCAUAAGCAACAAGAAGGGUGAUGCAGACAGCAGCAGCAGUAUCAGCAGUUCUGUGUGGGUGCGUGUACCAUUACUGAUUGUGGUUACACUGGCCUGUAUUCUUGUGUGCUGA